AUUCAGACAUCUGCUUUGGAAGUAAUGACACUUGGAGAAUUUCCUGCACAGGACCAUGGAUCACUGACAUCAGAAAUCUGCUCCAGUGCAUCAUUAAUAGCUGCAAAUGAAAUUAAGCAUGAUUCUCUAGUUCUGAGUAAUUCUUUGGGAAGAAUCACUAACGAGCCCUCUGAGGACGAAAAACCAGCUGAGUUAGAGGAGCAUAAAAAAGGGCUGGACAUGGAUGAGAAGUGUACAUUUUCAGGUAGCGUGGCAAUAAAAGAAGAAAAAGAAAACGUUUGUGAAGUUGAGAAAAGCAAGGAUUCUAAAUAUGCAGAGAUACCCUCAGGUGAGCAUCAGUUAACACCUCGGUGUCCAGCAGUUCCGUGUCUGCCAGCACCUCCUUUGAAUCUAAAGGCUCAUCCAGAUGGCACAACCCUGAAACCCUGGAUGAAUGAUUUUAGAUUUUCAGGGAAAUACCCUCUCCUGAUGUUGCAGAAUCCUGAAAAUUGUGAGAUAUUUAAAAGGGAAAAAACUGCAGGGAUGUUCCAGAAGCCCCUAGGAUUGAUGAUGUUACCCCAUGGAUAUUGCAAAUUUCAUUUUAAUACAUUACGUGGCUGUGAGCGACCAUUGUGUAAAUUUGCCCACGUUCCUGAACAAGCAGAUGAAAAGGUUUGCAUGGAAAUACUUAAGAAAUAUAUAAAUAUCGGUGAGGUGUGUUUGCUUCAACGUGCAGCAAACCUGUUUAUGGAGUACUACAGAAAGUUUCCUCCUGGGGUACAUUUUGAAUCACAAGUGUUAAAUGAUCUUCUGAUUUCUUUACUCAAAUGCUGUUUAUUGAAAGAAGUAUUUCAGGUAGUAAACAUCAGCAUAAUGGUCAAAAUGCUGCCUGCUCUAAAAGUAUUAAUAAAAGUAUUUGAGCAUGUGGAAUCUAUGAACUUAAGGAAUGCUGUGCCAGCUCUAAUUGAUAUAUUUUGUAAGCUUGUAGAAGCUGGGAUGAUUCUUGACUCUGAACAUUUUAACUAUCUUAUUAAGCUCUUGUAUCAAGUACAGGCUUCCAAACAAGAAAUAAAUGCUGUUUUAGAAAUGAAAUCCAGGUUACGGGUGAGACACUUUAAAAAGAACUGGCUCUCUGACUUAAAUUCAGCAACAACUGAAAUAGAGCAUUGUAAAGAAAAAGGUGACUGGACCAGUUUGGGAAAUUUGUACAUUAAUGUAAAAAUGGGUUGUGAAAAAUUUGCAGAUCUUCAGAGAUUUUCAGCAUACAUUGCUGAAGCAUUAACAAAAGAUUACAAAGAAGAAAGACAAGGAGUUCCUUUUUGUGAAUUUGCUGAUGCAGUUAGCAAAGAUCCCCAAAACAGCGAGAUUGAUAAAAUUUUGCUGGGAAGAAUUGGCAUCAGUGCAAUCUACUUUUAUCACAGACUACUACAAUGGUCUAAGGGAAGGAAGGUACUUGAUAAACUGCAUGAACUACAAAUCCAUUUCACAAGAUUAAAAGGACUUUCUGGCCCUGAAAAGUUAGCAUCCCGGUGCCAAAUUGUUAAUGUGGCAGCAGAAAUUUUUCUAAAAAGUGGGAGUAUGGAUGGUGCCAUUUGGGUACUGAGGGAAUCAGAAUGGAUAAUAAAUACACCACUGUGGCCAUGUGACAGGAUGGAUGUCCUCAACAGACAUAACCUGCUCUGUACAAUUGCACAUGAGAUCUUGGCCAAGAGCCUUUACCGGAAGACAUUUGAAGUUCUCCAGAACUUACCGGGUUUCCAAAAUUCUCAAGAAACCGUGGAGGUCUCGCAGUACAGCCUUCUUUUUAACAAGCUUCUAGAUGCUUGUGUAGAGAGUAACAGUCUGGGGGUGUCAUGCUCCGUAGCAGAAUUCAUGUUUUCAAAGAACAUCCCUAUCGAUUUUUCUUUCCUCAGAAGAUUAAUUACUGCUUUAGGGAGACGUUGUUUAUGGCCAAAAGCCAGAGCCCAUUACAAAAGUGCUCUGUCAUUGGGCUGUUACCCAUCAUUGGAGGGAAAUUUGUACCGAAAACUUUUGCUGAUUCCUUCAUACCUGUCUGAGAUUGAAAUGCUUUUAGCUAUUGAAAUUUUUCUAGUAUCUAAUGCGAGUAGUAUUCAGAGUCCUGGUGCUUCUUCACAGAUACUACAAAUAGUCCUGAAAAGGUGUGAAGAAGACAAAGGACGGAGUAAAGAUGACUACCGAACAGCAGUGGAAAGACUAAUCAGGGCUGCUCGUAUAUCAGACCCAAAGCUUUUCAUUAAGCACAUGACCGUGAAUAUUACUAUGGAGCAGGUUUAUAGUUUGGAACAUUGUUCUGCCCUGAAAUGGUUGAAAGAGAAUAUGAAAUGGGCUGGGAAGAUUUGGCUUUUUCCGUAAUUAUUAGGUUAUAAAGACUUUUUUUUUUAAGUUCCAGUAAUCAUUGUUCAAAAUGAAUGGUAAUAAAGACAGUUCUCAC